AUGGAUACUCAAAACUCGCAGGCCAAGCAACCAAAGGAGAAAAAGCUCCAUGAACUCCUUACAUCGUCCCUCGUAGACAUCUACGUCGGCCCAGACUCGACCCGGUGGACUCUGCACGAAAAGCUUCUCUGCCACCACUCGCCGCUGUUCGACUCCAUCUUCAAUGGGCAAAACAAGAACGAGGAGAAGAAAUCCCGCGGGAACAAGUCGUACAGUCUCGAGGACGAAGACGACGAAUCUUUUGAAUUGCUUGUAGGAUGGUUGUAUUCGCAAUCUGUUCAAGACCCAAAAUCCGAAAAGGACAUUGGUCCUCUCCUCGAACUUUACACCUUGUCGGAGAGACUACAAAUCCGCAAACUCGGCCUCGACAUUGUCGACCUGGUUCGAGAAUGGUACCACAAGACCUCGACGUACCCUGGCCUCCGCCGCGUUCAAUACAUCUAUGCCGAGACGGAUGAAGACAACGAGAUGCGUGAGAUGAUGGUUUCCUCGGUGGCUCGCCAGUUGACCACGAGCGACAAGAUUCCUUCGCAUUGGGCCUCGGCGCUACAGCGCAACGGUCAAUUGGCCGUGGAUAUCAUUCGAGCCAUUCAACAAUGGCAUAUCGAAGAGCGCAGCAUUCCUGACGCCCGGGAUCUCAGCACCACUCGCGGGAGACAGAAGAACGGCGGUGACAGCAACAAUCUUGGCUUCAGUGAGGUUGACAAGACAGAAGAGUCGUCUGAAACAAAGGACAACUCUGGGCCUGGAUUCGUCAAUGGCAAUACCAACGGCAACGGUCCGAACGGGGUCAAUGCAAGCGAUGAGAGUGCCACUCCCACUGCCAGCGCGGACAAUAGUGAUGCACCGAAUGUCAAGAGUGAGGAAGACGGAGAAGAGCAAGAUGGCAAGGAAGAGGGUGGGGAUACGGAUGAAGAUGCCGAAGCAGAAGAUGAUGAAGAGUAA